AGGUUGCUUGCUUCUCUGUUAUGCUGCAUUCUUGAGGAUAAACCAUUUUUACACCUAUUGCAUCCAACUUUUACGCAUCUCUCUCGCUGCUUCAGCGGCUGCCCAGAGCCUGGGUUAGUCUAGAAGUUUGAUUUAGAAGUGCGAUACAACUACGAAGAACUUUUAAUACCAUUCUACUAGCGACGAGAAAUUGCAAUCUAUUUCAAUUGCGAUUGUUGUUUCACCCCGCAAAUAGAAAUACUACACCUCGUAAACUAACUACCUGACAUACAUUUUAUUGACCUGACUCGCUUCCACAUCCACCCUCCUUCCUUUAGUCCUCUCAACCUGUAUUGAUAAAUCCCGAAACGAAAACACAAAAAAAAUGCCGAAGCCAGCUGGAGCUCAUGACUUGCUCAAGGCCAAGAAGGCCGCGAAGGAACACAAGAUUUCUGUUAAAAUUGUCAAGAAAAAGGACGAGAAGGGAAGCAAGAAUUUGAAAUCGAAGUUGAAAGACGUGAAGAAAUUGAAGUCGAAAAUGGUGUUCAAGGACACGAAAGAGAAGGGAAAAGAUCCGAAAUUUUCCAAGAAGGACAAAGACAAGGCGAAAUUUGACAAGUUGAAAUACGACAAGUUGAAGUACGACAAGAACAAGAAAAUGAAGUACGAUAAGGGCAUGAAGGAGCUGAAGGACAAGGGCGCGAAGUUUGACAAGCUGUUCAUGCAGCACUCGAUGGCGUCGAUUAAAAAGAAGAAAGGCGUGAAGACCGCAAUGAAGAAAAAAGCCUCCACCUCCGGUGUAAUUCAAAAGAUCAAAUCUUCCACGAAACUGUUCCGUCCGAACAAAAAGAAAAACCGCGCGAAGCCGGGGGAGCGGGUGAAAGAAGCGAUCAAGUUUUACCAAGAACAGGUGUGCCCGACGGAAAAUCUGGUCCGCUUUUGUCACGCGAAAAAGUUCACUGCGCUGUGCUUGCAGAAUUUCCGACAGGCGGCAGCUUCGGUGGGGAAAAGUGGUAAGAAGAAGGAUGGCGCGGGUCAUCUUUCGAUGAAGAAACACGAUGGCCAGCAGGAAGAAGAAGAAGAACCCAGCAAGAUCCGCGUUAAGGAGCUAGCUGUCGAGCAUCUUCUAACCGUCACCGAGGAGCACAUCCAGAAGCUGAUCCAGAAUUCCCAAUCCUUCAGCUACUGCCGGGGCAACCAAACUUUACAGUCGAAGGAUUUGCAGUUUGGGAAGAUGAAUUUAGAGAACAAAUCCUCGAAAGUCACUAUUCAAAAUACCGCGCCGUUUCUAGAUCCUAUGCACUGCAAAAGCAUCGCACUCGUAUUGCAAUCAUGCAUUACAGAUUUCUUUCUUCAGCUCAAUCAGCAUUACAAAUUUUAUUUCUCAUGCUGAGGAAAUUUGUAAUGCAUUUAUACGAGUGCGAUACUUUUGCACUGGAUAGACCCGAAAACGGAGCAAAUCAACACGAAAACGCGGAACAAGCUGCAAGUCCUGUAUUCCCCACAAAACAAGUGUCGUACUCGUAUAAAUGCAUUACAAAUUUUCUCAGCAUGAGAACUUGACUUUGUCAUGCUGUUUUACCUUAAGGACAAGAAUUGUCGUGCAUAGUUGGAAGUAGUAAGUACGAGUGCGAUACUUGUUUUGCAAUGCAUAUCCUGCACGACGGCUCGAUUGACGCCAGCCAGUGGUGGGAUCCGGAAUUGGAUGAGAAUUUCCAGCAUUUGUGUGGUGGGAAGAAGGACAAAGACAAAGAUGUUGGGAAGAAGUGCGUGAUCGCCUUUGACGACGGGACGGAUUUUUUCGGAGGAGAAGCUUACCAUGCAGAUAAGGAUCAUUUCAAAGCCGGUACCGCUUCUUUUGAUAAGAAUUUCAAAGACGACAAAGACAACAAGCAGCUCCUGUUCAAAGACGUCAAAGACUUGAAAUUUGCGAAGAAAGGAAUGAAGACCCCAGCACUUUUGAACUCCUCGGAAAACCACUACACUUCCUCGAGCAGCAAGACAAGCACUAUCAAGACCCACUUCCACCCGCCGGGGCAAACGAAUCUCCAGAUCCCCUACGAGCUGAAGGAACUCCGUUUUCCGAAUGACGCCGAUAUCCGAAAGUUAUGCCAUCGUGCCGGGGUCUUGCGCCUCGGCGGACAAAUGAGCGUGACGAGGUUACGGGCGGAAUUCAAAGAUUACUUCUUCAAGGUCUUGCAGAAGGCCAACAUCUUGCGGGAUUUCUGCGGCGAAAAGAAGACUCUGAUGAAGAAGCACGUCACGGAGGCGUUGGGAGUGCUGGCGCGGAAUAACUCCGGAGUGGGAUCAGCCGCGAAGAGCAGCAGCAGUAAAAAUGGCUGA